AACAAGGUCGGCUCGGUCAACGUUAGGUGUCCCUAUCCACGACUUGCCUUGUCAAUUUUGUUCCUCCUAUGCUGCUAGAGCACAAAGUUGAGCCUUCCCCUUCAGCACGUUCUUGCUAAGCCAUAGCAUGCUUCGAGGUAGACUUUCCCUUCACGCGCACGACUGCGCGGCCUAUCCCCUUGUAGCACCCAUUUCUGCCGACCAAAACGAGUCGAGUCAACUCGAAGUCUUCAAACAGCACGGCCUAUCCUCUCUGUAUCACCCAUUUCCCAUUCGCGUUGACCUAAACGAAUCGUAACGCGCAAGAGCUCGGCGCGCAGCAGGAGCUCGGCGAGCGCAUGACACUAGGCUUCCAAUGUCGUCGGCCAGCAAGACACGCCAAGACAUGGCGGCUGAAGUAAAAGGCCUCUUCGGAACGCCAACGGAGUCGCUAGAAGACGCUUUAGCGCGCCUCGCUGGUAGCAAUCUUAGCAGCAGCAAACCGAGCAGCAGCAAGCCGAGCACCAGUAAACCUAGCAGCAGUAAUCCGAGCAGCAGCAGUCCUAGCACCAAACCGGCCGAAUAUCAAUACUCCUCUUCACCCAACCAGACCGCAAACUCGCGACGAGCCUCUCUAGGGUCUCGCCUAGCCAAACCUUUCGCGGCUAUCGUUCCGUCCUUUUCUCGCGCUUCCCCUUCAACUUCUGCUCAACAGCAGCUCGAUCCCGACCCCGAGUUUCCCGAGGACUACCGUUACGACGGGAACUCAAUAGCGGAGAUGGAUUCGUUAAGCGGCGACACCUUGGAUUUCACGCUCAUGGGAACGCCGUCCGAGUCUCUGGAAGACGCCAUCGCCCGAGCCUCGGAGGAAGCCUCGGAGCCGAGCCUGGCUAGCGACGGCCGGAUGAGCAUGGGUACAGGAGUAAGGUCGGGUGGGAGCGCGGCGGGAUCGAGCGCUGCGUCGGCACGGGCGGUAGUUUCUCGUGGUGCGGGCGGCAGUGCGGGCAAGAGCGACGCGUUUAUGAACUCUGCGGUGAGGCGCAUGAGGGACGAGCUCGCGUCGAUGGGGCAGGCGGAGGAGAGCCUGGACGACGCCAUUGCGCGGGCUACUACCGCGGGGUCCGCGGGCAAUUCCUAUGCGGCUGCGGGGAACUCUCACGCCUCUGGCGGUUCACGUGGCGCAAGCAAGAGCGAGGAGGUUAUGGACGGUGCAGUGCGGCGGAUGCGGGAGGAGCUGGCGGGGAUGGGGCAGGCGGAGGAGAGCCUGGACGACGCCAUAGCGCGGGCCACUAACGCGGGGUCCGCGGGCAAUUCCUAUGCGCAACCCGCGGGCAAUUCCUGUGCGCCGUCGGCGGGAGUAAUCGAUGCGCUCGAGCAAGGCUCGCGCGUUCCAGGAGAUUCUUCAGGAGAUUCUCCAGGGGCUGGCGAGAGCGACCCUGGGAUGGACGCAGCAGUGCGGAGGAUGCGGGAGGAGCUGGCGCUGAUCCGGCAGGCGGAGAGGGAGCUGGCGCAAUCGGGGGAGCGCGAGGUGAGCCUCGACGCCGCCCUGGAAGCAGCUCUUUCCCGCGCUACCUCUGCUGCCUCGGGUGGUGCUGCUGCCUCGGCUGGUGCUGCUGCUGCUCGUGAUGGUGGGGUUGCGGCUGGUGGGAGUGCGGCUGGGGGGAGUGAUCCGAGCAUGGAUGCGGCAGUGAGGGGGAUGGCGGCGGAGCUGGCGGGGAUGGGGCAGGCGGAGGAGAGCCUGGGAGACGCCAUUGCUCGUGCUGCCAGCGCUGCCUCUGCCCGUGAUAGGAGCAGUGCGGCUGGGGGCAGUGGGGUUGGGGGCAGUGCGGCUGGGGGCAGUGGGGCUGGUCGCAGCGACCCUGGUAUGGACGCGGCAGUGAGGGGGAUGGCGGCGGAGCUGGCGGGGAUGGGGAAGGCGGAGGAGAGCCUGGAAGUCGCCAUUGCUCGUGCUGCUGCUGCUGGUAGCGCUAGUGCUGCUGGUAACGCUGCUGCUAGUGCUGCCGGUGCUGGUAGUGCUGCUGGUGCUGCCUCUGCCCGUGAUGGGGGCAGUGGGGCUGGGGGCAGUGGGGCUGGGGGCAGUGACUCCUACAUGGAUGAAACUGUGAGGCGGAUGAGGGAGGAGCUCGCUUCCCUUGGACAAGCGGAGGAGAGCCUGGAAGACGCCAUUGCACGUGCUGCUGCUGCUGGUGCUGCUGCUGGUGCUGCUGCUGGUGCUACUGCUGGUGCUACUGCUGGCAGUGCAACUGGUGGUGGUGGUGGUGCUGCUGCUGCUGCUGCUGCUGAUAGUGUCAGCGAACCCAGCUCAGCCUACGGCCAGCUAAACGCAACCUGCUCUCAGCUCGAUCCAAACCCCGAGUUCCCAGAGGACUACCUCUACAACGGAGAUUCGUUCAUGGACUCGGGCUCUCUAGGCUCGCUGCACUCUCUGGGGUAUCUGGGGGCCACGGGGUCUCACGGCGCGCUCGGCACUGGGGUCACCCGGGAAUUCUCCCACCUUAGCGCGCCCACAGAGUCGCUAGAGGAGGCUAUAGCCCGGGCUGCCAGCGCGGCGGGUGCUGAGGGUGCUGGUGGUGGUGGGGGAUCGAGGAGAGCAUGGGGGGAUGCUGGUGCGCCUUCUUCUGCUGCUGCAGCAGGGUAUGGUGUGCUUGCGGCUGCUGGUUCGGCAGGGUAUGCUGUGCGUGCGGCUGCUGGUUCGGCAGGGUAUGGUGUGCCUGCGGCUGCUGGUGCAGCAGGGUAUGCCGCGCCUGCUGCUGCUGGUGCGGCUGGGUCUGCUAGGUCUGCUGGGAGGAGGGAUUUGGCUUUGGACGAAGCAGUGAGGGAGAUGAAGGAGGAGCGGGCGAGUAUGGGGAAGGCGGGUGAGAGCUUGGAGGAUGCCAUUGCACGUGCUACUGGGGUGGCUGAUGCUAGUAGGUUUGCACACAGUGCUUCUCGUGGUGCUGCUGCUAGUGGUGCUGCUGCUAGUGGUGCUGCUGCUACUGCUGCUGCUGCAAGGUCGCAUGAAGCAGGGACGAGUGGCUCGGACCCAAGUAUGGAUGCAGCAGUGAGGGCGAUGAGGGAGGAGCGGGCGAGUAUGGGGAAGGCGGAGGAGAGCCUGGAGGAUGCCAUUGCACGGGCUGCUGGGGCGGCUGAUGCUGCCUCAGCGGGAGGCGAUUCCUUCGCCUCGGGGGGCUAUUCCUAUGCCUCCUCGGGUCGAUCCCAUGCGGCAGCAACAACAGGCGCCUCCCAAGCUUCUCCGGGGGAGCGGGCGAGUAUGGGGAAGGCGGAGGAGAGCCUGGAGGAUGCCAUUGCACGGGCUGCUGGGGCGGCUGAUGCUGCCUCAGCGGGAGGCGAUUCCUUCGCCUCGGGGGGCUAUUCCUAUGCCUCCUCGGGUCGAUCCCAUGCGGCAGCAACAACAGGCGCCUCCCAAGCAACAGGCGCCUCCCAAGCUUCUCCGGGGGUGCAAGGGGGAGGGAGAAGUGGUGCGGGAGGGGGUGGUGCAGACAUGGAUGCGGCAGUGAGGGGGAUGCGAGAGGAGCGGGCGGGGAUGGGGAAGGCGGAGGAGAGCCUGGAAGACGCCAUUGCACGUGCUGCUGGGGGGGCUGAUGGUGGUAGGUUUGCACAUAGCGCUUCUCGGCAUGCUGCUGCUAGUGCCAGUGGUGGUGCUUCAGCAGCAGUCGCCUCUCAGUCUUCCAGGGGGGCACAGGGGGAGGGGAGGAGUAAUGCAGGGAGGAGUGCCGGGGGUAUGGAUGAAGCAGUGAGGGGGAUGGCGGCGGAGCUGGCGGGGAUGGGGCAGGCGGAGGAGAGCCUGGAAGAGGCUAUCGCGCGUGCUGCUGGCGCUGCCAGUGCUGGCGCUGCUGGUGCUGCUGGUACUGCUGGUAUUGCUGGGGCGUGGCAGCAGGCUGUGAUUCCCCCCCCAGCCGGGGGCUGGCAGCAGGCUGCUAAUAGCGCGCCCCUACCUCUCCCCCCCGCCGCCCCUGUCAUCAUCGGAACAGCUGCCAUCCCCCAACAUGCCAUACCCCCGCGUGUGAUUCCCCCAGCUGAGUUCACACCCUCGAAACGAACCGGCCCCAAGGGAAGCAGCACUAUCAUCCCAUCGUCCAACGAAAGCUGCACAGCCAUUCCCCCCUCCAACGCCUCCCUUGCCACCACUGCCACCAAUGCUUCUAGUGCCGCCAUUCGCCCCUACGGCGCCUCUAUGGCGUCUACCAGCACCUGGAGCAGCAGCCUCGGUAACAGUAACGCGUCGAGCGUCGGGCUUAAUCACGACGAUUAUGGAUUAAUCUCCACUUUUGGGUUGCCGAAUGAGUCUUUGGAAGAAGCUAUAGAGAGGGCGUCUGUGGCUGCUAGCUCGAAUCGAUCCAGUAUAGACGGGGAUGCUGUUCAGGGGUCUAAUGGCGGGUAUGCUAGUAUGGGGUAUAAUAGUGCUGGGUUGGGUUACAGUGGUGGUAGUGUGCUGAGUGCUGGUGAUGGUUUUAAUGGGGCUUGUGGGAGCAGCGGUGCGGGGAGCGAGCCGAUUGGGGGUGAGAAUAGGUAUGGUCCUGGUGCUGGUGCUGGUGCUGGUGGUGCUGGUGCUGGUGCUGGUGCUGCUGUUGCUGUUGGUGGUGGUGCUGCUGCUGCUGCUGCUGCUGCUGCUGUUUCUGUGGGUGCUGCUGGUGGGAGUGCUGAAGUGACGGACGGAAAUAAGAAGAGGCACGGAGUAAAGGGAAUGCUGGCUCAGGCAUUCAAAUGGGGAGGGAAGCACCACUCUCACAAGAAUGAUUCCGGACCCCUCUCCUUACCCGCCUCACAACCCCCCGCUGUUGCUGCUGCUGCUGCCGCCGCCGCGACUUCUGUCACCACCACUGCUGACGCUGCCGCUGCCGCCACUGCCGCCGCUGCUGCCGCUGCAGCAGCAGCAACUGGCACCGCAUCUAACCACGCAGUGCCGCUCCUCCCGUUCGACUCAGACGAUGCCGCUGCCGAUGAAUCCUCAGUGGGGAUCACGAUGAUGUUCACCAACCUCGCAACGGCCAAGCGGGCCGAGAUGAACCGCCAUGGAAAAACAGGGUCGGGGUCGCAGAUAGGCGGCUCCGAGGCUGGGUCGAUACUGUCCCCCAGGGGGUUUGCUCGGGGGUUUGGCGCGAUAGAGGAGGGGGAGGAGGAGGAGGGGCGCCUGUCAGGGUACAGCUCGUCCACCCACUCCUCUGGGAAUUCUGGUUCCAGAGGCCGGCAUUCCCCGUCUCGUUCACAUGCACAUGGAGGGGGGUUGCUGGGGCAUGGGCAGGGGGCUAUGGGGUUGGGUUGGGGUUGGGGUUGCGAGUGGGCGUGCAGGGAGGUAUGGCUCAGGGCAGAUGGUGGUUCCACCCUUGCCUUUUUCCGAUGCGAAACCAGCUGCUGAGCAGGCAGCAGCCGUGGCAGCGGCUCAAGCAGCUGCCAAGUUAAGAAAGGGAGGAGGAGGGGGGAGAGCGGGAGCGGGAGGGGGAGGGGGUAUGCCAGGUCCGUUAGGGUAUAGUGAGGA